AUGGUACAAAGAGCUAUAAUAACACCAACAAACGACGAAGUUGACAUGCUUAAUGAGAAGAUACUUACAGAGUUUGUCGGAGAAGAAAAAACCUACUACUCAUGUGACACUGUUCCAGAAGAUCGUCAAAAUCUCUAUCAACAGGAGUUCUUGAAUUCAUUAUCCUUUGGUGGUUUGCCACCACAUAUUCUUAAGCUAAAAGUUGGCUCUCCAAUCAUGCUUUUGAGAAAUAUUGAUACAAGCAGUGGGUUGUGUAAUGGGACAAGGUUAAUAUGUAGUCAGUUAAGGGAUCAUGUGAUUGAGGCAGAAAUUUUGACCGGAAGUCAUAAAGGGACACGAGUGUUCAUUCCACGUAUUCCUGUAAAAACGGCAGAAGAUGUGAAGUUGCCAUUUGAAAUGAUCCGGAAACAAUUUCCUGUGAAAUUAUGUUUUGCUUUGACCAUAAACAAAUCGCAGGGCAAACCAUUCCUCAUGUUGGUAUAUAUCUCCCCCAACAUGUUUUCAGCCAUGGACAGUUAUAUGUUGCACUAUCGAGAGGGACCUCACAAGAAACAACCAGAGUUUUGGUUAGUAAAGGAGAUGUUCGAGGUAGAUGUGGUGUAUUUACAAAAAACGUGGUUUACAAAGAAGUCCUCCUGCCUCAUAUGCCACAACCCUAAUUAUCAGGGAGCAAGCUAA